UCGACUGCCAUUCUUUAAGCAUACGGUGACGUCACUAUAUGGAGUGUACGUUCCUCGGUGCAAUUGGUCGGUCCCGCCUCUUUCGUUCUGUCGCGUUUCCGUGUUUGUAUCCCUGAGUUCUACUGUUCUAGGAUCAGUUUUUGUAGUCAUCUUGAAUGCGUCGACGUUAAACAGAGGGAUAACAACUGACUCUUAUUCAGUUAAACCAGCAUCCGGGAUUCGGUGAUCGUCAGCUGAUCGCUGCCAGGAUUCAUGACUGCAUUCUGAUUUGCACUGCGUGACAGAUUGAGUACAUUCAUAGUGGUUUAAUAUUAAAACAAAAAAAAAAUGGUCACUAAUCCUCCUAAAUUAAAAGUUGCGCUCGUUGAUGAUGAAAGGCUGCAAAAUUUGAAAAAUGCAUUUGAAAGACAGUAUGGAGGAGCGCCUCUCUUCUAUGCAUGUGCACCCGGAAGAGUCAAUCUCAUAGGUGAGCACAUUGAUUACUGUGGCUUCUCUGUGCUCCCAAUGGCUAUCGAACAAAAUAUCCUUGCCGCCGUUUCAGUGAACAAUUCAGGGACAAUCCAGCUGGCCAAUGUAAAUCCUCUCUACAACCAUAUCACUGUGUCCUGUUCAGAGGAAAUAGUUAUCGACAGAGCUAACCCGAAGUGGUAUUAUUAUUUCCUCUGUGGAGUUAAAGGCAUUCAGGAGAAGUUUGGGAUCACACGUUUACCGGGAAUGUCGUGUGUCGUUGAUGGAAACAUUCCGCCAAGCUCCGGCCUGUCCAGUUCUAGUGCUCUGGUUUGUUGUGCUGGGCUUGUAACAAUGGAGGGAAAUCAGCAGUCCCUCUCCAAAGUAGAUCUUGCAGAGAUAUGUGCCAAAUGUGAGUGCUACAUCGGCACAGAGGGAGGAGGCAUGGACCAGUCCAUCUCAUUCCUGGCAGAGAAAGGAACUGCAAAACUGAUAGAGUUUGAACCUUUGAGGGCCACUGAUGUCCGACUACCUGAUGGUGCUAUGUUUGUGAUAUCCAACUGCUGUGUGGAGAUGAAUAAAGCGGCUUGUUCUCAUUUCAACAGCCGUGUGGUGGAGUGUCGGAUUGCCACAAAGAUGCUCGCCAAAGCCAAAGGGUUGAACCAAAAUGGGUUCUUAAAGCUGGCCGAGGUGCCCAGAGAGAUGAAUGCGUCUCAAGAGGAGAUGCUGGCUCUGGUGGAUGAGGUUCUACAUCCUGAGCCAUACAGUCGAGAGGAGAUCUGCAAGGCUCUGGGCAUCACCUCCCAGCAAUUCUCCACAGAGCUGCUCAGUGCAAAUACUCAACACGUAACACAUUUCAAGCUACACCAGCGAGCCAAGCAUGUAUACGGCGAAGCUGCACGUGUGCUGCGCUUUAAGAGCGUGUGUGAUUGUGCACCAACCGAGUCCAUCCAGUUACUGGGUGACCUGAUGAACCAGAGCCAUGCGAGCUGCAGAGAUCUGUAUGAGUGCAGCUGCCCUGAACUGGACCAACUGGUGGACAUUUGUCUGAAAGCGGGUGCUCUGGGUUCACGGCUGACAGGAGCAGGCUGGGGCGGCUGUGCUGUGUCCAUGGUUCCCAGUGACAAAGUCCCGUCUUUCUUGCAAGCAGUGAGGGAAGCCUACUACCUCCCUGAUCCACGUAGAGCAGCAAUGGAAAAACAAAGUUUGUUUGUAUCAAAGCCCGGAGGAGGAGCAGCAAUUUAUCUAGAGAAAUGAAAUGUCUUGUUACACAUAGCUAUAACGCUACCUACAAUAUUUUCACUUGGACCAAAAAAAAAAAAAAAAAAAGGAUGAAAACAGUAAUACUAAGGUAGCAAAAAUUCAAAGCAAAAUCUGAAUUUAUUCAGGGAAAUAAAGAGAAACUUUUAA